AUGGAGGAACCCAUCCCAUCACAGGACUUCGUACAAUCACAGCGCCGCCGUUCGUCUCUAUUCGUGCACUACCGCCACCGUAGCUCCAGCAGUAGUAGUCUCAGUGUCUCGGCAUGCAGCAACCGCAGUACUAUCAGCUAUCCAGCGCCCGGUGCCAGUGCAUCAUCUACUUGGCACUUGAGUUCAGACCAUUCGUACGAAGAUUAUGAGGUGAUUUUUACAGAGGAAAAGCUGGGAUUGACACUAAAAAGUGAAGAAUGGGUAAAUUCGUCGGGCUACCGAAUUCCUGUGACUAUCGUCAAGUCCACUAUUUUCAGUGUUGGCCAACUUUCACAUCAAAUUUGCGAAGGUGACGUAUUGCAGUCGGUGAAUGGUGAAAGUAUCGUAAAUCUGGCAUUUCGGGAUGUACUUCGAAUUCUUAAGAUUGCACCAAGACCGAUUCGACUGCGAUUUCGAACAAAAUUUUCAUUACGAGGUUCAGGACAAGAAUUGUCUUUGUCCCUACUUGAACAGAAUGAUGUGUUGACUAGACGGUCAAGCGCAAGUAGUGAUGACACUGAGCAGCGUGGAUUGGUCUUGACGGAAUCGUUCUUAGUACCGGAACAUCACAGUGUAGAGGAGGAUCACGAUGAUUCCGAUAGUCAAAAUGCUGUCAUGUCUGAGAGCUUUGGAGAUGCAGAUAGUGUCCGUUCGACUGAAAUAUGCUCCGUGGUGGCGGACUUGACAGAUGGUGAAGCUCCAUUCAGUCGACAUUCGUCUCGGCUAGCAGCUUUUUUACGGAAACCUUUUCGGCGGGAAGGCUUUGAUAAUGGAAGAUUGGAGCUUCGAUUGGGCAUUGCGCCGCCAUCACCACGUUCUGAAAUAGCACUCGAGUCGCAAUCGAAGGCCGCAAUUUACGUUCGGUGGCGUGUACAUUCGAACGCAGUUGCAUACCAUGUACAAUUUUCCCGGGAUUGGACAAUGAAGGUGUGGAAAAAUUGGUCCGGACGGCCACAACGAUCGAGCGAGAGAGACAAUGAGCUUGUUACGAAGAUCUUUGGUCUCGACUUUUCGAAAAGCUAUGUCGUACGCGUGCGCUAUGAAUUUAGCACUGGCCACGGCCCCGGUGAAUGGAGUGUCCCAAGCACACCAAUUACUACUCUCACUCAAGAGGAGGCUAUGCAACAUUGGAUCGUUCAGCCACGAUGA